AUGUCCGAUCAGUCCACCAACCAGCCGGUCGAUCAGCCCAUCAACGGGCUGAAGCCGUUGUCUAACGCCGACACCGUCUCGCUCCCGGCCACCGGAAGCGAUCUGUCGCGCCGUGCAGAGGCCGUCCUGGCGAACGGCCUCAGCCUCGAACUCGCCGAAGACGACGACGAUGACGACGAGGAGGAAGUCGAGGAGGACUAUGUGGCUGUCGAUCACGAAGACGUCAACGAGUUCCCGUAUUGGUUUCGUCGUCCCCCGGUCCACCAGCGGACCAAGUUGGACGAACUGCACCCCUUCGUCCAGGUGCUUACCGUGUCGAACGUCGAUGACUGCGUGAAUGUGGAAUCCGCCUUUCCCGAGCAAGAGCGUUGUUCGCGCGACAAGUUCGUCUACCGUCUUAAUAAGUGUCCGGAACUCUGUCUGGGUCUUUUCACGCUCCCUGUGCUGAAGGAGGGAGAGCCGAAGCCGCGCCCGACGUUGGUGGGACAUAUCAUCGCCACGAGAACCUCCACCGGAACGGUGACGGAUAAAGCCAUGGAAUUCCCCGCGAACUGGAAGACCGAGCGGAUGACCGUCGAGAACGGUGAGACAGUCGGCCAUGAUGAGUACGGUGGCACCAUUGCCAUCCACUCCCUGGCCGUCCUCCCGGAACACCAGGGCAAGCAAGUCGGAAGCACCCUGAUGAAGUCGUACAUCCAUCGGAUCCGGGAGGCACAGAUUGCAGAUCGCCUGGCGAUCAUUGUCCACGAGCAUUUGAUCCCAUUCUACGAGUCGUUUGGAUUCGAGAAUCGUGGGCCGAGCAAGUGUCAAUUUGGCGGUGGCGGCUGGACCGAUAUGGUGCUUGAAUUCUACCAUGAGUAA